UGGAGACCUGUGCUAACAUCACAGCAAAUCAGAGGAAGACAAGAAAACUGAAAUGAAAAUGAAGCUCUUAAUUUAACAUUUAACAAUAUUGUUUUUCUUUUCAGAGGACCUGCCUGGGACUGAGAAGUCAUGUAGGAAUGUGACUCUCCAGGGACUCGGGAGAAACAAGCACAACAAGCAUGUCGGACAGCAACGAUGUGUGGGAGUCACCAGGCUGUGGGACGAGGGACGUGCUUGAGGACAAAAAAGACACAAGUGGAUUCUCUGAACAUGAACUCCUCGACAUCAUGUAUAAUGCAUGUAAUACAUCCAACUCAGGAGAGGUGUUGGCCUCCACCAUCGUGCAGUACCUGCAGACAAUGACAGCUCAGAGUCCAGAGCAGGACAGAAUGGCUGCCCUUCGACGGAUGCUCGACCCGGACCGACAGGACCCACAUGUGAGCAGAGAGACUUUCCACGCCACCAUGAGAGAGUGGAUAGCCCAGUGCAGCCAGGACAGCACUGAUGUGAGUGGCAGUCAUGUAUCCUGGCCAGACUCUUCUAAAGUGCCUGUAAACGGGCUGGAUUUGUCGUGCUCGCAAAGCAAAGCAGCCUCUUCAGAAAGCCACCAAUGUUCCUGUGAUGGAAAAGACCUGUUAGGCACGUUGGCUGAGCUGAAGCACGCUCACUGCAAGCUGAGCGAUCAGAACAGCAGCCUCCUGCGGACGGUGGCUCAGUGUGAAGAUGUGAACCUACAGCUCACUCUGGAGAUCACGGAGCUGCGAGCAAAGCUGGCCAGUGCUCAGCGUUCAGCAGUGAGAGUCAGAUCACUGACAGAAGAACUGGAGGAGACCCGUCAAGCAUUUAAAGAGGCCCAAGAGAGAGCCACUCGCUCCCAAACCAGCUGCACCAAAAUGAGCAAUGAGGUUGAAUGCCUGAAGGUUCACAUCAAGAGGCUUGAAGACAAGAAUGAAAAACUCACCUUCGAAAGGUCGUGUUCUGAAGAAAGCGUCAACAAACUGAGGAAGGUCAACGCUGAGUUGAGGGCCGAGCUUGAGGAAAGCCUGGUUAUGUUGGCGCUGAGAGACAGAGAAAUCACAAAGAAAGACAUUCUUAUGGAUAAGAUGAAGAACUCUCAUGUGGAGAAUCACAACAUGAUUGAGGGUCUGCAGUCAGAGCUGAUGAGGUUACAGGAACAUUCUCACCAAGUUCUUCUGAGGUAUGACCGACACUUCAUCAGUCCUCAGAGUCUCUACAGUCGAGAUCCUCCAAACCACCGCUCUCUGCAGAGCGAGAUGCAGGAUAUGCAGCAACAGCAUCACAGAACUCUGGAUGACAUAAGCCUCCCGUCCCUCCACACACACAGUGAUGAUAUUCAGAGCAUCAUUCAUAGGAUUAAGAGCGCAGAAAUAGCUCAUCUUCUGCACAAUAAGUAUCCUGAGAAGGACUCUGCUCCCCUAGAAACACAGGAGAGGCCUUUUCCUCACCGCCAGCAGCAACAGGCAAGCAUCAAGCAGCAGCUUGUCAAUGUGCUGCAGGAGCUGGAGCUGCACAAGUGUGUGUGGGAGGAGAAAGGGGAGAAGGUGGAGGAGAGGCAGCAAAAGCAAAGCCAGACUGGGAGCCAGACUCAGAUCCAGGAGGGCAAGAAGGUGGCUGUGGUGAAUUGGUGGAAAGCCCUCAGCGUAGAGGGGGCUAAGGCCAGGACAAAAGAAACCCAGUCUGGCCAGGAGCUCUCUGAGGUACAAGCAAAGCUCCAGCGAGCAGAGCAGACAAUCACUGAUAUGAGGGAGCAGGUCUGCCACCUGCAAGCCUCUCUGAGAUCGGCACAGGAGUGUGUCACUGAGCAAAAAAGCAGCAGCAGAGUUCUUCGUAUUGACAAAGAGACCAACACUGAGAGAGAGGAAACAGACAGAGCUGUGGGGAAGGCGGUGAAGGAUCAGAGGGAUGCAGCGGUGGUCACAGAGAUUACAGGUGGAGCAGCCUCACAGCAGGAGCAAACCCAGCUUCAGGUGACCGCAGACGGACUUCUGGCGACCCUCAUAAGGAUGGAGGCAAUGAUCAACAACGCACUGGAGACUGCCGAGCUGGUGAGAGAGAGCGAGCAGAGGGUGAGCCAGGUGAGAGUGAGGAUGGAGAGCAUCACUCAGAGGGUGGAGGAGGCUCUGGGCCGAGCAACCGACACUGACAGACAGCUGAAUGUCCUGGAGGCCAGGAUCACAGAAAAAGCUGCAAAUCAGUCUCCAGGUCCCAGUCUGCCAGCUGAUCCUGGACCAGAUGCAGCGUGCUUUACAGCUGAGUCCGACGUGGAGCCUGAACACAGAGACAGAACGGAGAGUUCUCCCCUGUCUCAUGGAAUCUCAGAAGUCAGCGAGCCUCCACAGCCGCCCAUGAAUGGUGGUACAGGACCAGGCAGCUGCAGCAAGCUCCAGGAAGAGGAGAAAGUCUUACUGCAGGGACCUCCUCCUGAACGAAGUGACCGUAACUUCCAGGAGUGGUGUCACGGCCCCUGUGCUGCUGAGAGAACUUUCGUUUUCCCCCACACCCGCUCUCGCCCCUCACUGCCCCCCGCCAUGCCCACACUGCCUGAGGAAGAGGAGGACUCCCCCGAGGAGCUUGAUAGUUCCUCCAGUUCUCCCAGUACAUCUGCACCAGGUGAAACCCGAGCUGUCGUCAUGACUGCCCCAACCAUCGUCUACCCACAGCAGGCCACUAUUGUCCAACAAGAUGGACGUCCUCUGGAACAGGCCAGACCACACAGUCCCAGAGCUCGCCUGGCCAGAAACUCCUCCGGAGGACCCAUCACCACAGUCGACAGCACAGGUAACGUGAUCGACCUGGUGAAAGAUCAGCUGCCGGAGCUGCAGCUCUCUGAGGAGGAUCGACAGAAAAACCUGGAGCUGCUCGAACAGGCCAAGAAGGUCAGCGACCGCUUCCUGACGCGCCGCGGCCGCCGCUCCACCAGCAGCCUCACUGAGUCACCCACAGGUCCUUCUCCAACUCCAACUCCCUCAUCUUCACCGUGCUCGUCUAGAAGCAGCUCACUGACUGUGGCCCCGCAAACUGCUGUAGGACCCUUGGAGUUGACCCAUGUCAGCUCACAGUCUAUUGGUCAGCAUCUGGAGGUUCCUUCAGUGCGAGAACAGGCUGACAUAACGACCCAGGAUCAGGAGGGCAGGCUGUUGGUUGACUGGAAGCCCACUGAGAAAAGGAAAGUGUCCUCUGGGACUCUAACGCCCCGUUUUGCCGUUCAGAAGGACAACUGUGAUCCUGCUGUACCUAAGAAUCCUCCAGCGGUCAAUAAAGCAGAUGAGGGAGCUGGUUCAGGCCAAAAUCCCAACCAGGUCCCGGCCACAGGAGUGGCCAAGCCCGUCCCCCGACCCCAAACUCAACAGGUCCCCUGUACAGCAGAGAUCAAGACAAUCGGGGCCUUCCCUCCACUAAUGAGGGCUGUUUCCUGGGAUGCUGUAGGCAGCCUUAAUUCUAGAAACGGAGCCCCAAGUUUCCCUCCUACAGUGGAGGACACCUUCUCAGAUAAGCCCAGAGAUGCUGUCUUGAAGUCCUCAGGGUACAAAGACCUCCCCAGCCAGCCGGGGGGUGUACAGAAACUGUCUAAACUCAGAGAGGAGCACAAGCUGAUGCGUAACCAAAGCAUAGUGGGAUCCAAGUUACCAGACUUGAGUGAAGCUGCUGAACAGGAAAAAGGUCUUCAGCUCUCUCCAAACACAGCCAGUAGCGUGGAGACGAAGGACAAGUCUGACGCAAUGCCCAACAUUUCAGAUGUGAUGCUGAGAAAACUGAAACUUCAUCGAGGUCUGCCAGGCUGUGCACCACCACUGACUGAAAAGGAGGUUGAGAAUGCAUUUGUCCAGCUGUCACUGGCAUUUCGCAAUGACAACUACACUCUGGAGACGCGGCUCAAACAGGCAGAGAGGGAGAGGAACCUGACUGAGGAAGACACAGAGAAAGAACUAGAAGAGUUCAAAGGAGCACUAAAGAUGACGGCACCGCAGUGGCAGAACCUGGAGCAGCGUGAGGCCUACCAGCGCCUCGUAGAGACGGUAGCAGUGCUCCACCGCCUGGCCACACGGCUCUCCAGCCGAGCAGAGAUAGUUGGAGCAGUUCGACAGGAGAAACGUAUGAACAAGGCCACUGAGGUCAUGAUGCAAUAUGUGGAAAAUCUGAAGAGGACGUAUGAGAAGGACCAUGCUGAGCUGAUGGAGUUUAAGAAGCUGGCCAACCAGAACUCAAAUCGCUGUUACGGAGGGUCUGUAGACACUGGAGAUGAUGGAGUUCCACGGCCGUCAAGAUCAAUGUCCCUCACUCUUGGAAAGGCUCUGCCCAGACGCAGGGUGAGUGUAGCAGUGGUGCCUAAGUUUAACCUCCUGAACAUCCCAGGUCAGACUCCAGCCACAGCCGGCCCGGGCCCCAACCCGGCCUCAGGCCCCAACGCGGGACCCACCACUGGUACUGCUCUUCCUGUCCUGUGUGAAGCGAAUGAUGUGAAAGUCAGCGCUUCCACAGAUACAGCCCAACCAGCAGCAGAAUGUGGAAAGAGUGUGUUGGAGCAGGAAAGUGAGCCAGCCAAGCCUUCAGUCAACUUAGAGGAGAUCAGAGCUGAGAUCAGAGCCGAACUCAAGGCAAAGAUGGAGGAGGAGGCGUACAAUAAAGGGUACCAAGAGGGGCUGAAGCACAUCAAAGCACUGCAGGAAGAAAAGCAUGACGAGGAAAACGCUGCUGAGAAAUUGCUGGAAUCAAAAAAUAAGGACGAGGAGAGUGGAAGGAAGAUGAAGACGAGCAGGAGGAUGGAGGAGGUCGUGGCUCUUUUUGGUCGGUUUUGCCCGAAGAUUUCCUUCAGUAGGCAAGUUCUCUGGAUCGCCCUGACACUGUUUGUGAUGAUGUGUCUGGUUAUCAGUAUUUUUACAUUUUUCAGUGACUACUACAACAGACGUGAGAACACGUAAGGAGAGAAGGAUUUUUAUGCCAGACAAGAAGAAGAUCUUUGGACUGAGUGUAGCAGCACAACCAAAGAACCCCACUACAGAAAAACAGAGACUGCAGUCAUUCUUUGUCUCUGUCGAUUUACCAUAUCAUCACACUUGGACUCACUUGAAUCCAUGACCCUGACUCUGGAGGGUCAGAGACAUUCUGGGAGGCUUUAUGGAUAAUGUUGCCUUUGUCAUGGUUAAGUUAUGAUUAUGUUCGGAUUAAAAAGUCAACACAUUGUUUGCUGCAGCGAGAAAAACAAUUAUUUCUGUUUAGGGACCAAUUAUAUGAUGUGAUGAAAUAUACAUGUAUUUAAAUUAGAUGCAUACAAUAAUGAUACAUUCUGGUUCUGGUACUUUGGAUGAUGAAUCUGGCACGUUCCAUUAAAUGCCACAGUAGAAGAAGUGUGUAUUUAUCUACACUAUAAUGUUAAAGUAUAAUCUCUCAGGUCCAACAGAUGAUGAAGAUUAUCCUGAGAAAUUCUUAAUUUGUAUUUAAAGCUAUAGAAAUUUAAGGAUUGUUGUUAUUUGUUUAAGUUCUAUCAUGUGUAUUUAAAAACUUUAAUAUGUAAGCACAUUCCAAAGUAGUUCCUUAAGUGCAAUAUUUUGCAGUUGAUGGUUCUUGUUUGUGCCAUUUUGGAUUGUGUCUUCAGAGCACUGAGAGAUUUUCGUCUUGUAUGAGAGCACUGUUUAGAUGGCAUGAGACUUAUUUUUAUCUUCUUUGCACGUGUGCCUGCCUGUGUUGUUUGAUUUUUGUGGAUUUUAUGCUCUGCCACUUCACCUUUAAAUAAAGGUGCCUGAAAGUA